AUGAAAGAUGGAGUUUCCUCUGACGUUUGCACUUACCAGGACAUCCUGGAUUAUCUCAACCUGACCACAGGUAACACUGCUUUUAAACUGACCCGUCCUGUUCUGGAUCACAAACACGCCACAGUGGUAAAGCUGAACAUCAUCCUCUAUGCCAUUCUGGCAGUGGUUGAGAAAACCCAAACUUUUGUUCCCUUUGUCUGGAUCUCAGUGAAGUGGAACAACGAACGCAUCUCAUGGAAUCCAGAUAAGUUUUGUGGAAUCUCUCAAAUUUCAGUUCCCAAAAACCUUCUCUGGAAACCAGACCUCCUUAUCUAUGAGAUGAUACAGAAGGAUGACUCCCCUCAGCUGCAAAGCAUGACCAUCUCUUAUGAUGGGACGGUCUCUAUGGAUGAGAACCUGAGGGUAUUCAGCACGUGCCAUAUGGACGUUCACAAGUUCCCCUUUGACACACAGGAGUGCAACAUCUCCAUCAGUUCUGCAAAUCACUGCAUUGAUGAAAUGCGGAUUAUUCCUAUUUCAAACUCCACUCGGGCUACGCAGUUUUCCCACCAGUUGAUCAGGACUCAGGGAGAGUGGGAGUUCCUCCACCUGACUGUCAGCAGCCAGAACUUCAGCUAUGAGGAAAGGAAGUGGGAGAUGCUCACAUAUGCAUUCACCAUGAAGAGAAGGCCUCUGCUGCAUGUCAUCAACCUUCUACUGCCCGUCCUCUUCUUCCUCACUCUAGAUCUGGCCUCCUUUUUUAUUGCUGACUAUCGAGGAGAGAAGCUGGGUUUCAAAGUGACUGUGCUUCUGGCCAUCUCAGUUCUUCUCCUCAUCCUGAAUGAAAUCCUGCCAUCUAUGUCCAACAAGACUCCUCUCAUAGCCACCUACUGCAUCGUGAUCUUUGCUCUGAUGCUGGUCAGUCUGUUGGAGACCAUCUUGGUCACCUACUUGAUGGACAAAGACUCCCAGGAGAAACUCAGCCACGGGCGUCACUUCGGAGACAAAAAUGAUCAAAUUAACACAAAAAACUGUGAAGAAGGUACACAUUUUGUUUGACUUUAAGUCUCAGCAUUAAAAAAAGAAACAAAUAAGCAGCUUUUAUUUUUCGUAAAUCCAACCGUGUGAUGCAGGUGGAAAUCUUUCUUCACACAUUUAUUGAAGAAUGGUGA